AUGGUUUUCGGCUCAUGCUUAGGAUCUGCGGCAGUAAGAACUCUUCGACCUGUUGGAUUUCAUGUGUAUUUUCAAAGGUACCUGCUUGCCUCAUCCAAAUCAGCAGCAGUAUCCGUCCCAGUCAGUCAGACAACAACUCAGGCCGCAUCAGUUGUUGGUCGAUGGCUCUUGGGUCUUUCUGGCAUGACUUUUGGUGCUAUUUUGCUUGGUGGAGUUACAAGAUUGACCGAGUCUGGACUCUCAAUGGUUGACUGGCAUCCGUUUAAGGAGGUACCUCCUUUCAGUGAAGAACAUUGGCGACUAGAAUUCGAAAAAUACAAGAAGUUUCCAGAACAUGAACAUUAUGUAAAGGAGCGUGGUGAAAUGUCGAUCACUCAAUUCAAAUUUAUAUGGUAUAUGGAAUUUAUUCACCGAAUGUGGGGUCGGACGAUCGGUGCUGCUUUUGUUUUUCCAGCAAUCUAUUUUUUCUAUAGAGGUUAUUUCUCUUCCGUCAUGAAAUCUCGUGUUUUUAUUUAUGGGGGACUAAUUGGAUUUCAGGGUGUUUUGGGCUGGCUUAUGGUACGCAGCGGUCUCAAAGAACCUAGACGACCGGCAGGUCUUCCACCAAAUGAGAAUUAUAUUGGUGUUCCGCGUGUGGAUCAUUAUUGGCUUUGUGCUCACUUGAUUUCAGCGAUUAUUCUAUAUUCAUUACUUCUAUGGGGUAGCUUUAACCAUUUAGCUUCCCAUUCUUUAGUUAAACCAUUCAGCGGCGUCAAACGACUUAAAGCAUAUGGUCAUAUGGGUAAAGCUCUAACGUUUACAACCAUAAUUUAUGGUGCUUUUGUGGCUGGUCUUGAUGCAGGAUUAAUCUAUAAUUCAUGGCCAAAAAUGGCUGAUAAGUGGAUUCCUGAUGAUUUAAUUGUAUCUCGAUAUGGUUCUACUGUGAGGAACUUUUUGGACAAUCCAACUACAGUUCAAUUUACUCAUCGAAUGCUAGCUUAUACAACAGUUUUAACCACAGGUUUAUUAUGGGCAAAUGUCAUGCGUUUAGGUGUAGCAUGUACAGGACCACGUAUUAGGAAUGCUGCACACUUGGUUUUUGGUGCUGUGUUAGGACAAUCAUUACUUGGCAUAACAACUUUAUUAUGUUAUGUACCAGCUUCAUUGGGAUCAUUGCAUCAAUGCGGUGGUGUUGUUUUACUUUCAUCCUUACUCUGGUUUACGCAUUGUUUACGUGCUGUUCCAAAAUAA